AUGGUGCAAGAAGUGGAGUUUCAACGCAUCAAUAAGAAGCGCGGCGUCACCAAGUGCGACUCGGAUCUCUUCGUUCGUAGCGACGAUAAAAAGAACCGAAUCGUUAGUGAACAGAAUCAGAAUUUCUGUUUGUCUUGUGGAUCGUGUGAGCUCGAGGUGCAGCACCCGCUGUUUAGGGGGGGUCUCUGUCUGAGAUGCAAGGGGAACUUCACAGAGACGCUGUUUCGCUACGAUGAAGACGGCUACCAGUCGUACUGCACCGUGUGCUGCGGCGGCUCCGAGGUCAUUCUGUGUGGCAACGUCAGCUGCUGCAGAUGUUUCUGUAAGGACUGCCUGGAGAUACUUGAUGGCCCAGGAACCUUUGACAAGCUGAAGGACGUGGAUCCGUGGAGCUGCUACAUGUGCCAGCCGUCCCAGUGCAACGGAAACCUCAAGCUCCGACCAGACUGGAGUGUCAAAGUCCAGGACUUCUUCGUCAACAACAGCGCCAUGGCGUUUGAGCCUCACAGAGUUUACCCCUCCAUCCCUGCUGAUCUGCGCAGACCCAUCAGGGUGCUCUCGCUUUUUGACGGCAUUGCAACAGGCUACCUGGUGCUCAGAGACUUGGGCUUCAAGAUGGAGCGCUACAUCGCUUCAGAGAUCUGUGAAGAUUCCAUCACAGUGGGGUUGGUCAAGCACGAGGGGAAGAUAGAAUAUGUCAAAGAUGUCCGAACCAUCACGAGGAAACACCUGGCUGAAUGGGGUCCCUUUGAUCUUCUGAUCGGAGGAAGUCCGUGUAACGACCUCUCGAUGGUCAACCCUCUGAGAAAAGGAUUGUUUGAAGGCACUGGACGGCUCUUCUUUGAGUUCUACCGCCUUCUGACUUUGUUGAAGCCGAAAGAGGAAGACGAGCGUCCGUUCUUCUGGCUGUUUGAAAACGUGGUUUUCAUGAGUGCCAACGAUAAAUCAGAUAUCUGCAGAUUCCUCGAGUGUAAUCCGAUCCUCAUCGACGCAGUGAAAGUCAGUCCUGCUCACAGAGCGCGUUACUUCUGGGGAAACCUCCCCGGCAUGAACAGACCUCUCGCUACGUCCCUCGAUGAUAAAGUGGGCCUCCAGGAUUGUCUGGAAAUCGGACGAUUGGCAAAGUUUGAGAAGGUGCGCACCAUCACCACGAAGUCUAACUCCAUACGGCAGGGCAAGAUGGGGCCGCUGCCUGUCACCAUGAACGGCAAAGAGGAUUACCUGUGGUGCACGGAGAUGGAACAGAUCUUCGGCUUCCCCAAACACUACACGGACGUGAACAACAUGGGCCGGGCGCAGAGGCAGAGAGUGCUGGGCCGCUCCUGGAGCGUGCCCGUCAUCCGCCACCUCUUCGCCCCGCUGAAGGAUUACUAUAAAUGUGAACAACAACUGUGAACCUGAACCCCCCCUUCCCCCCCCGUAGUUCUCACGUCCUAGUUCAGCUCCUGUGAGUAUCUUCUAUAAUCCACCAGCAGACACUUUGCAGCUUCUCCAGGUUUCCUCUCAACUCGGAGCUGAAAUCACACAAUCAUGUGUCAUCAGCACUGACUCAUCGUUACUUCACUGAGCAGCUCCAGGAUCCUGAACUCAGACCCACAAAUAAUGAUAACUGUACUUAAUUAUAAUGAAUAAUUCAUGAAGCUCGUUGGACAAAAUGCCUCGAUUAUAAUACGUAAACUUAUUUAUAGCCUUAAUUUACAUAUUUGGAUAUUACAGUUAAUAAUUCUACAAGGGCCGUACGAGAAGCUUCAUUCAUAACGUCGACUUUCAAAUCCUUAAAAGAAAGAUACAGACGAGGC